AACUAUCGCGGUGGUUGGAGGAUUAGUGAUGAGUCUACUUUGGACAAAAGAGAGAUAUAUAUAUGCAGCCUUCGCAUUGUUCUAGGUGGAAACUUUGUCACUACUUUCAGCCUAGGAAUGAUCUAUGUAACAACAUUUGCUGGAUACUUCUGUUCCGUUUUGUAGCUCCGUUAUAAAGGUACCGUCAUCUUUCGGCACUGUUGGAGCACCGGCUGCUAGCCACCGCAAGCAAUCCUAGGUAGUGAGAGGAGAGGGAGAAGAUCGGAGAGAGAAGAGUGACCAGUGGCGUGGGCAGAGAUGGGAGAACCAGAGUCCCUUAAGUUUGUCUCUCUGGAGGAGGAGGUGGACUACUGGAAGGAACAGACGGCCAAGCACCAACAGAGGGCCGAGGAGGCGCAGGAGGAGCUGCAGGAGUUCCAGCAGAUGAGUCGUGACUACGAGGUGGAGCUGGAGACUGAACUCAAGCAGUGUGAAACACAGAACCGAGAACUCGUCACACAGAACAACAGGCUACACACGGAACUAGAGAACUACAAGGAGAAGUAUGAAAGCCAGCACUCGGAGGCGUACCGUCAGAUCUCUACUCUGGAAGAAGACCUGGCUGAGACCACGGCCAUCAGAGACCAGCUCCAUAAAUACAUCAGAGAGCUGGAGCAGGCUAACGAUGACCUGGAGAGAUCCAAGAGGGCGACCAUCAUGUCUCUGGAGGACUUUGAACAGAGGAUGAACCACGUGAUAGAGAGGAAUGCCUUCCUGGAGAGUGAGCUGGAUGAGAAGGAGAACCUACUGGAGUCCGUUCAGAGACUGAAGGAUGAAGCCAGAGAUCUAAGACAGGAGUUGGCUGUCCAACAGAAGCAGGAAAGACGACCGUCCUUCGCUGUCACCAAAGACUCUUCCUCAGACAAGACUGAGGACAAAACAUCCCUCCAUACCUCCCAUUCAUCAACACGACCGCCCUCAUCCCUCCAUACCGCCCCUCCUCCUGCUCUCCCUCCAUCCCUCCUCUCCACACCCUCCAGACCCCCCCACCCCUCAGCAAGCCCAUUCACCACCCCCCCACCCUCUUACAGCAGAGGCGAUGGCCUAUCAGGUGCUCCUCUCACCACGUCGACACGUAUCUCAGCUCUCAACAUCGUAGGAGAACUGCUGAGGAAAGUCGGGAACCUGGAGUCUAAACUAGCGUCCUGUAGGGAGUUUGUCUAUGAACAGUCUCCUGGUCGCAGUACCCUCUCUGGGGGACAGGGGGCGCCACCCAUCCAGAGAGGCACUUCUUCUGACACACCGUCCACCACCAACGGACUCUACGAGAAAGGAAUGGUGAAGAUGUUAGACUUCGGACCAGGACCCAAAAUUAUUCUGUGAACCUCCCCCUCCACCCUAGCCCCACACCUCAUCAACCCCUCCCUCCAUAUCUAUCAGGGUUGUAUUCACUAGACACCGAAUGGUGCUAAACUGGCUGAAACGGGGAAGGACUAACUGAACUUGUCCAAUAAACUGUUGUUUUUUUGUUGUUGUGCAAAACCUGUUCUGUUGCAAAACGUUUUGCUGCAGUUAGCUACAGCGUGCACUAAUGAAUGUGUCCCUGCCCAGCACAGUCUCCCUAGGUCACCAGGCUUGUAUCCCAGCUUUCAGCUUUCAAUGGGGCUUAAUGUGCUAGUGUACAGCUCUCACUCUGGAAUGGAAUGGACCAGGAUCACGGGACAUCACGGAAGUGAGUCUAGAGUUCUAGAAUGUCAAUGAGACAGAACCUCACCCUCUAAUGCAAUGGAACGUCAUGGAACGUCAGUGUUGACAUCAACUGUUCUAGAGCGCCGUUGAGGAGCUUUUGAUGACGUCACGGAUCAACGGUACUCCUUCCUCUGCGCUUUACCCAGGAUGCUUUGCCCUGGGGGGUCUCUUAUCGAGGACUGAGUGAGGCUUCUAGGAGUGGGGCUUAUGGCUCUGGCACUUUUCUGUUGGGACCAACCUGUAGCAGACCCAUAUGUGGUCAAAAGUAGUGUACUAUCUAGGGAACAGGGUGCGACCAGUGUCUAUAGGUCUCUGGUCAAAACUAGUGUACUAUGUAGGGAAUAGGGUGCCAUUUGAGACGGCAUGUGUAUUGUUACAUUUGAUGUGUUCUGUUUUUGUUCCUUUUGUUGUUUUAUGGAGGAAGAAGUCUUACUGGAACGAACGCUUAUCCACACAAUAAUGAUUAAUAUUUAAAAAAGUAUAUAUUUUACUUCACUUGAAUUACACCCCAUUGUUUUGUCUACCAAUGUUUGAAUAAUAAUGCGGUGACUGAACAGUGACACCUACUGGUUAAGGACAGGAAGUGGAAGGAGUGUUAAGAGGGUAAGGAGUAGGGUUGCUAAAUUCUGGUAACUGUCCCCAAAAAUACUCUGGUUUUCCAGAAAUCCUGGUUGUAAAGAUUCCCAGAACCAGGGUGUAGUAAGCAGGGAAUCUGGAAUCCUUCAGCCAGGAUUUUUGGGAAAAAAAUAGGACAUCUUGGGACUAGUCAGAAGGAAAGUUGGCGUAGAAGGUUUUGGUGAGGAAUAGAUAUACUUUGCACUUUUUUACUGCAGGUUCAGGAUCAGAUGUUGUCCCUCUAAUGGUUAAGGGUGGGGAUUGGGGUUAGGAUAAUCUGAUCCUAGAUCUGUGGGUGAUUGGUUAGGUUGAGGAAUGUGUUCGGCAUAGAGAGGGCUUCUGUGACAGCAUGGGCGGCGCCAUUGAGGGAUUUCUCAAUUUUAAAGUAGUCCAUUUCUUCUUCAACGGUAAAGCGAAGGUUGGUGAUUUACUGCCCCCUGGAGGGUGUUGUCUGAACUGGUAUAAAGACAAGGUUGGUGAUAUACUGCCCCCUGGAGGGUGUUGUCUGAACGGGUAUAAAGACAAUGUUGGUGAUU